CAAUGUCGGGUGGUUGUGGGUGUGUCAUGUGAAUAUUGUAUUCAAACAUAAACUGUUAUUUAUUUUGGAAUAAAUCAUUUUAUUUAUGUAAGAUUUUCUGCACACAAUGUUAACAAAGGCUUCAUUUUUAAUAGUGCUGAGCAUUCUGCCGACAGUUUUCAGUGUACGAUGCUACCAGUGUGCCUCAUAUCAGAAUUUAGAAGAAGACACUUGUGGAGCAUAUAAAAAGUUUGACACAGACAGUCACAUUGCGGUAGAAUGUAAUAGUGAUGAAUCUCACAUGCCUGGGUCAUUUUGUAUGAAACUCACACAGCAAGGGCCUAAGGGAUUUAUAUGGGAUGGCAGAUGGAGGCAGGUUGUGAGACGUUGUGCAUCUGUUGCUGAAACUGGAGUCACAGGUGUAUGUAACUGGGGAGUUUAUGACAAUGGUGUUUACUGGGAAGAGUGCUACUGCUCUUCAGAUGAAUGCAAUCACUCAUCUUAUACACAUACAUCUAUUACUUUAAUAACAUGUGCUGUUGGAUUAAUAUUCUCAGUUCACAAUCAAUUUGUUUAAGUGUUUAAAUCAUUGUUAGACUUUUUUAUAUAAUACUAGCAUAUAUUUUCUGGGAAGUGCUAUUGCUCUUCAUGUAAGAGCAAUCAUUCUUUCUGUAUUGCAAAUAGAUACAUAGAUAUAGUUAGCUUACACUGGAAAACAAGCAGGGUGACCAAGUUCCCUGGUAUGCACCUCUAACUCUACAGAGUAAUGUGUGUUUAUAAAUGAAGGAAUUAAAUAUCACUUGAAGGACAUUGUCAUGAGAAAACAUUCAUGUACGAGAGAGCUCCAUAAGGUUCUCAAAGGCAUGUGAAGUCUAUAAAAAAUAUAUAGUUUUGGCUACAGUAUAAAUUUUAGAGGACCCCCUAAAAAAGUUUUCACAAAGCAGCAAUAGACAACCUAAAAAUAUCUCACUUGCCGCCCCUAGACCACAAGCUGGAUACACCCAUGCUUGCAUCUCCAAUGAAUGUGUUGACAGUGGUACUAAAACAUUUCUAAUAUUUUUUUACCAUUCCAAUUUGAAUCUCUAUUUAUGUACAAAGUGACUAAGUAAUUAUGUAAGCAAACAUUAUUGAUAAUGACAGUGUUAAAGUUAAUAAUUGAUCUUUACUAAUUGUGCCUUAAAACUAUGCUUUCACAUUAUGAACUUAAGUUUUGCCAUUGAAAGAAUUUGUAUCCAACAGGUUGAAUGGAAUAUGUAACUUUAAAGUACUUUGGUAGUAGGAGAGCUUUUCAUGACAGAGCUCAUCCAGGGAAGUACUACUGCAAUGCUGCAGCAUUGCUGUGUUUCAGUCUGAACGGUGGGUUGCCAGUGUAUUACAAAAUUAAACACAAGGUUUAACACCUACACCUCAGGUUGAUUCACACAGGGCUUCGCUUUGCAGGCUAUGACCCUUACGUACCUUUCAAGUUUUGCUCUGUUUAUAGGCCAUCUUGCCACCAGGUCUUAUUACUAUAAAAAAAUGGUGUUGAAUUUAAGAUUUAAGAAUUUCUACUGUCUAUUUCGUUUAGUAACGAAUGAAUAAGAAGAAGAUAUGACAUUACGUCAACAAAAAAAAAAAAAUUUGCACUAAUUUUAAAUACUUACAAAAAAAUUAUAUGAACAUUAUAUGAACACAAUAUUUUUUUUAUUCUUACCAGGUCAUAGCCAGUGUUCAAUUGUUUCAUAUGAGCUAAUUGAAGUCAGGAAAAGGAUUUGUGUGAGUAACUGGAAUAUAACAUUAAUAAUAUUUUAUUAUAAAUCUGUCUAUAUAGGCUAUUUACUGUGUGAUCGUCAUGUGUUUAUUUAAAUAAAAAUUGUUUUAAUUUGUCCGAAAACCGUAAUUUUGUUAACGGUUUAUUAAUAAUAUACUAUCUAUAUUUCCUAUAUUCAUGGGGUACUACAUUACUCUACAUUUUUGACGCGUCAGGGAUAUAUUGUGACGCGUUCGCAUUUUUAGUUUAAACAUAUUUGUGUCUUAUGAAUCCGUCCAAAAUUUUAUUAUUAUAUAAAUAAUAUAUUACUGCCGAAUGUUACUAUUUAACAUAAUUUGUAAUUAUCUUUAGUUUAAGCAUAUUAAUGAAAUAUAAAUCCGUCCAAAAAAUAAUAUCUUAUACAUAAUUUGCAACAAAACUUAUAACAUAUACUAAUUACUAUACAUAUAGUUAGUUUUAUAAUUUAAAUAAAAUAUAACAGUCGAAACGUUUAGGUGAUAUUCAUCUUGGUACCACCAUAUGAAAAUGUUUUGUGUAGUUUUAUGUAGUUAUUGAGUUUAACACAUUCAGACAGUUGACUUUGUUUCAUAAUAUGAAGUAAUUUCAAGGUCGCCAUCACCAGAAUGUUUAUUGAGUGACAUGCUCUACAUAUUUAUACAAGCAAUUGCAUUAAAACGCCAUUAAUGAAUCUCUUUGAAGAGCAGCUAGUGACAUACGGACACAUACAUGUGGUGGUAAGUAGGUACAUAGGUAUAGGUCAGAGUACACGUGAGUACUUUUACCACCACCCUAUUGUACUUUUUCAUAUCCAUACCGUGGGCAACCUUGCCUUUGAUGCAGAUGAUCAUAUAGCUCGUAAAUAAAAAAAAGUACCUAUUUUUUGGGACCGAAAUUCACAUUCAAACAUCAACACUGUAAAUACUUAAUCUAUUUGACAAUAAGUUCAAGCGUCAAAAAUUAACGUACAAAACCAUUAUGUAUGCCAAUAAAAUCUUUGUAUUUUAAUAA